AUGGUUGGAAUUGCAACGGUCACGACAAAUGCGACACAGGAUGCUCGCUUCGAGCUCGACUUUGACGACGAUGGCGAGAACCCCCAGGACUGGCCUAUGAUCAAGAAGGCCAUGGUCAUCUUCUUCAUGAGCUUCUCGACGCUCGUGGUGGUGAUGUACUCUACCUCUUAUUCCAGCGGGAUUGAAGGAAUGAUGGAUACGUUCCAGGUCGAGUCCAAGACCCUCGUAAUCCUAGGCAUCACGACAUAUCUUUGUGGUCUUGCACUGGGGUCAAUCAUUCUAGCACCUUUAUCCGAAAUGUACGGACGACGACCAGUCUACCUCAUUGCGGUGGCAGCCUUUACGGUUCUCGUCAUACCAUGUGCGUUGAGCAACAAUCUGGCGCAGAUCCUGGUGAUGAGGUUCUUUGGCGCCAUUGCCGGCGCGGCGAUGAUAUCCAAUGCCCCUGGGACAGUCUCGGACAUUGUCAGCGAUGACUACCGUGCUCUAGCAUUCUCGAUAUGGAGUUUGGGUCCAAUGAACGGCCCGGUUGUCGGACCAUUGGUAGGUGGAUUCGUCUACCAAGCCCUGGGCUGGCGAUGGACCAACUGGGUCGUCAUGAUCGGUUCCGGCGUCUCCUGGAUCAUGGUCUUCCUGAUCAAAGAGACCUAUGCCCCCGCCAUCCUCCGCGCCAAAUCAGCCAAGAAGCGCAAGGAGACUGAUGAGAGUCGAUGGUUCAGCCGAUACGACGACAAGAAGAAGUUCUGGCCAUUGCUGCGCGAGAAUCUCUACAGGCCGUUAUCAAUGGCUGUCAGCGAGCCGAUCUGCAUAUUCUGGAACCUCUACAUCGCCCUCGUCUAUGGUGUGCUUUACCUGUGUUUCGUCAGCUACCCCAUCGUAUUUGGAGAGCUACGUGGUUGGACCCCGGGCUUCAUUGGACUAGGAUACAUUGGCAUCGGUGUAGGUGGUUGCCUCGUAAUAGUAAGCGAACCGCUCUUGCGAAAGAUGAUCAAUGCCCAUAAAAAGGAUCCCGAGACGGGCAAACCUUACCCAGAAGCCAUGGUCAGCGUUGUGUGUCUCGCAGCGGUGUCUGUGCCGAUCGGGGAGAUGAUAUUUGCCUGGACUUGUACACCAGACAUACACUGGAUAGCGCCUAUCAUCGCUGGUAUUCCCUUCGGAGCAGGAAACUGUGGUGUCUUCAUCUAUGCGUCGAAUUAUCUUGUCAACUCGUAUGGCAUAUAUGCCGCAUCAGCACUUGCGGGCAAUGCCGUCUUACGAAGCGCCAUGGGCGGGGCUCUCCCGCUUGCCGGCCCAGCAAUGUAUGCUAGUCUUGGGCCACACUGGUCCGCCACAAUGCUGUCGCUCAUCGAAUUCGCCAUGAUCCCCAUUCCAGUGGUGUUCUAUCUCUACGGGCACAAGAUUCGCGAGAAGUCUGCACUCAUCAGACAGAUGCGUGAGGACAAGGACAAGCUGGAUAGUCGAAAAAGGAGGGCGGCGGAGAAACUGAAGAGUCUUGAAGGCGGACUGGGGGAGAAAAAGACAAAGGCUUAG